AUGGGUAGCGAUUAUGACGAGGCCAAAGCCAAAACCAUGAAACCUUCAACCGUGAAAGAAGCAAGAAAUCAAAGCAGGUCGCCAGGAUUUCCUCCAAAGCAGUUCAUUUCAUAUAUUACAUCAAAGGUGACUGCUAAUGAGGGAGAAGGAUACGGUCCAGACGACGGCUCUCUGAAGCCAAGAAUCUCAAAAGAGGCAUUAGCUGAGUUAUUGAAAGUGGUGGAAUCGAAUGUCAGUACAAGGCAGAGUUUUCAGAGUUCUCGCGCAUCUAUGAUUUCGUUUUCUUCAUUUAUCGGGAAAAUGGUAAAAAAGAGCUUCAACACUUCGGCAGACCCACGUGGCCUCAAGUGCCCAUCAACCGGUGACGCACUCUCACCCGAGCCGGAAAAAUUCCUCUAUCAUCAUGAGUCGGCGGAGUAAAAUCAAUGGCUACGGCACUCAGCGUCUGCGAUCAACUUCAAUCUACUGGUUUGUGUUAUAAUUGGGCGACUUCUUUUUCACAGAUGGUGAAUCCGUAGAAUGUCAGCGGGUCAAUCUGAAACUUUCUGUCUUCUUGUACUCAUGGCGGGAUUAGAACUACUGAUGUUUGGAUGGCGGGUUUAGAAGCUGACUGAUGGCCAAAGCAUGCAAAAGAAAAAUUUGAGAUUGAGAAGUUUUGUGUGGUCGAUGUGCACUGGAGCAAGCAAGCAUCGAAGCAACUCACAAGGAAGAAGAGGAAUAGUGGGAGCUUGAUAUCAUGAGGAACCAUCAGUCAGUGGAUACAACCUCCCUUUUAAUCGCCACUCGGGAAGUUCAGAAGGCAACUUAGGUAGUCGAGAUGAUACGCGGCGCAAAGGACCAAGCAAUGUGCUAUGCCGAAGACGUGACGAAAAUAGUUGAGGCCCAUGCACAAAAAAAAUUGAACUUCUUUCUGCCGAGCUGGCCCAAUUGAGAUCUGCACUUGACUCCUUA